AUGUCCAAUGCCCUCCCCGAAGUCCAACCACCGCCUUAUCCUAUAGCCAUCCGACCAGAAAGCAUCACCCGACAUGAAGUGAUAGUGACUGUGACCAACCGCCCGGAACCAUGGCACUCGCUCGACUACUCCAUCGACCACGCCGGAACCGAACUCUUCACCGUCCGCGGCCAGCCCUGGAAGAUCAGCCAGCCACGCAUGUUCCACGACCGCUCGGGACUCCCACUAUUCGAGCUCCGGUGCCACUGGUACGACUCCUCAUCGCUGUGUCUCCGGCUCCCCGGCGGGGAGCAGUGUAUCCUCGAAGCCAAGCUGCGGGUUGCGAUGAACGCGCCCAGGGCGGUUGUCACGUUCCAGAAUGCUGCGCAGCAGCCAAGGGUAAUUGGACCAGCUGCGCAAGGCGAAGAGAUUGUGUUGGAAGUGCAUGCUCAGGACCUGUAUAAUAUCCUCCAGGUGGUGGUUGUUCAGAAUCGCAACGUGGCCUACAUCCGUCGGAUAACGGAUCCGAGUGUCAUCGCCGAGGGACAACGGCCGCCGUUCCGCUUUAGGCCAAAGUGGACGGUUCGAGUUGCGGAGGGGGUGGAUCUAUCGCUGAUAGCGGUUGUUGUGGUCAUUGUUGGCCAACGAGCCGGAUUGGAUGUAGGGGACGGUUGA